AUCGUGCGCUCUGUGAUCGGCUGAGCGGCCUGGUACUUGAGCUUCCGUUCCUGCCCGGAGCUCACUUCACCCGCCGAGUCGGAGCCCACAGCCGAACCGCAGCCGCUGUCAGAGCCACCAUCCCCGAGGAGCAGGAGGACGAGACCCGGGACACAUCAGGAGCCAGCACGGGGAGCAAACACAGCCAUGUCCGGAGAAGAAGAAUCAAUGACCGUGGAGGAGCAGCAGGAAGUCAACGACAAAGUGGUCAGCCCAGAGAAAGCUGAGGAGGCCAAGCUGAAAGCCAGGUAUCCCAAUCUAGGGGCCAAGCCUGGGGGUUCGGAUCUGCUCAGGAAACGACUACAGAAGGGGCAAAAGUAUUUUGACUCUGGUGACUACAACAUGGCCAAGGCAAAGAUGAAGAACAAGCAGUUGCCGUUGGCCCCAGUGGAGAAGACCGAGAUUACAGGAGGACACAUCCCCACACCUCAGGACCUGCCUCAAAGAAAGACCUCUAUUGUAACGAGCAAACUGGCUGGUUAAGCUUUUAUGUCCACACUGUUAUGUUAUCAUUCCAACUCAUGUUUAAAUUUAAAGUCGUUUACAUGUUUUGUUCAAUGUGUGUCACUUUUGUAUGUACUAUCUAAAAGAACAGCUAAUGCCCAGAGCCAAAAUACUUGAGAAAUAUUGGCAACUUCUAAAAAGUGCUGAUAAAACUAUGAUGGUGACCGCUGAAAACACUUGAAAAAUUGCAUGGAGAAAACUUGUCAGAAUUACACUUAAUGAUAUGUGCCUCCACUGGGCUCUGCAAACGCAAAGACAAGGUUAAGGGGCCGCUACCUCCAAACACAGUAAAAGUAUCUUGAUGUAGUUUGCAUGCUCUUGAAGGAUUUAUGGACAUUCAAAGCGCUAUUCAUUUAUUCCUUUGUUUUUAUUUUUUGUUCAGUAGAGCCGUUUGAAACAGCACUGCAGGUAAAACUAGUCAAAAACACUUUGUAGCCAGUUGUACUUCACUUAGUACUAACAUCAGCUGCUCCUUUUGACCUCUAAAUGGCCUUAAAAUUACACUUGUUCCUCUUGAGCAAUAUUUGCUCCCACAUUUCAGUUGUGAAACUUGCUUGAUGAUAUGUCUCACUGUCUGACUGGAAUCAUUUAGGAUUUUAUGGAAGAAUUCAUGUCUGGAGUGUGCAUGUGCAGUUACACUGUGCCAUUUGUUUUGUAAAUAAAAUAGUUUUGCAUAAUAUCUUAUAAGUACA